UGGCUGACAUGGAUGGCAACAGCCCAGGGCUCCCCAAGAACCCAGUUGUCAUAAUCAUAAUAAACGAAAAGCAGCCGAGGUGGGGCCUCUUGCAUCAGGAAUGGAGGCUUUUCGCUGUGUGGGCUGUGUCUCCGUGUGCGGUCAUGCCCGAGUCAGCCCCACGGGGUAAGAGAGAUGUCAGCUGUCCUCCUGAGAGCAGGUGCCCCCGCUGCAGGGUGAAGGUGGGAGAGUCAUUUGACACGGAAUGAGGAUGGAGCUGGAUUCCAAGAUCAUACAUGUGGCGCAAGAACCCCUCAGGCUUAAUCCUGCUUAUGAAAUGUCCAGGAACCUUAUCAGGGCUUCCUGGCCGGGCUGGCCAGACCAGACCAGAGCCAACCUGAGCAAGGAGAGGAGGUGGCAGGCUCACGGGAACAGGGACACAUGACAGCCGCCCCCCCACCAGCCAAGGGUCCGCUGAGUCCUGGGGCCGAUGCGUGGCCGCCCUGCUGAGGAUGGCACCGGGCUGCAGUCUCACACUGGGCCAAAGGUGAAGCCCGGAGACUCCUGGAUGGUGAUCCUGAUGUCUGUUCUGCGCUGCGCACUCAGGGCUGCGAUCAGUGAGAGCUGGUCCCACCUGGCACCAUGGCUGCGGCACAGCCCCUGACGGCGCUGUCCCGCUGGUACCUGUACGCCAUCCACGGCUACUUCUGUGAGGUGAUGUUCACGGCGGCCUGGGAGUUUGUGGUGAACUUCAACUGGAAGUUCCCGGGGGUCACCAGCGUGUGGGCCCUCUUCAUCUAUGGCACCUCCAUCCUCAUCGUGGAACGCAUGUACCUGCGCCUGCGGGGCCGCUGCCCCCUGCUGGUGCGCUGCCUCAUCUACACGUUCUGGACCUACCUGUGGGAGUUCACCACCGGCUUCAUCCUGCGCCAGUUCAACGCCUGCCCCUGGGACUACUCCCAGUUUGACUUUGACUUCAUGGGCCUCAUCACCCUGGAGUACGCCGUGCCCUGGUUCUGCGGGGCCCUGAUCAUGGAGCAGGUCAUCAUCCGGAACACCCUCCGCCUGCGCUUCGACAAAGACGCCGAGCCCGGCGAGCCCAGCAGCCCCCUCGCCCUGGCCAAUGGCCAUGUCAAGACAGACUGAUGGUGGGGGGUGGGCCUGGACCCCUCAUGACAGCACAAGUCCUACCCAGUCCAGCCUCCGUCCUGUGGGGGACACACCGGCUCCCUGCCCUCCUCUGGAGGGACUGCUGUCUGUAGUCUGGGGACCUGGCCAAGUGUCUUUAGGGUGGGGAGGGGCGGGAUGUGGAGGCCACAGACGGACACUGGGAAGGGGCUACGGAUC